AUCUUUCUCUCUCAAACACAAUCAAUAAUCCUUAAAACACUGAAGAAAAAUAACAAUGGCUUCAAAGAACUCAGCCUCACCGGAGCUAACAGCAGAUGAUCCAUCACUCACCCGUCUAGGUGACCUUAUUUGGUUCAGGUUAGCCAGGUUCACCUUCAUUUAUGUCUCCGGUUUGCUACUGGAAGAACCUUGGUGUGUGUGGCUUGCUCCCUGCUCCGCAGUUCGAGAUCCAGCCACCAACAUUUACAAUCAGUCGAGGCGGAAUCCUCGGGUGAUGCCGGAGAUUACCGCUGACCUUGUUUGCCUCUCGGUCUCAGCAACCGAAGUUAGCUACACUUUUAAUCUUCUCCGCCGCGUUAGAUCCUUCCCUAUGCUUUCUGUUUGGAUUUCGAAAUUGGCAACUGAGGUCACAGUUGGACAGAUGGCCUCUGAGUUGCCUUAUUCUGACCCACUGGUUUCCUCCCUCCGCCGGCUUCUUCCGACGAGAAUCUUGCACUCCUUCCACCGGUUGACAUCGUCGCCGAUGAGAUCCAUUUCAAUUACUCGAAGUCCAAAGCAACGGUCUCUGUAUUCGAGAUCGGCUCCAACAGCCCGAAAUGAAUUUUCGUCGGUGUUUUUCGCCUCUCCGGUUAACCGCCGCCGCUGUUUUGUUUCUAUGAGUCCUCCUCGAGUUAGGGACGAAACCCUAAUCGUAGUGGGCCAGUCACAUUCCUGUCCGGUUUUAGAGAACCGCGAGAAUAUAUGGGAUCAGAUAAUAAGGCGUAAAAUCAAACUCAUUCACAAUGCUGGUAAUCAUAGCUUGUUAUGGUCAUUGGUGUCCGGUUUCAACAUGUCAAUAUACAAGAUUGGGAGUAUGUAUCAAGGUGAUAAAGGCAUGACUGGAAUGUUUACCAUGGAUCUAUUGUUUUCCGACUCCAUUCUUUCCUCCCCUGAGGAGAGACAUGGCUUUAACUUCCUCUUUGUUGAAAGAGAGACCUUUUCGGCUAGCAUCCCUCACUGGCGAAGCAAAUUUCUAAUGUGUCUCCUCCUGAUGAGAAGCUUAGUUGAGCUCCGAAGAUCUUUACCACCGUGUACCACCGCGAAACUCUCCUCUGCAUCCUCCUCCGGUUCUGCUGCUUCCCCCAAGUACCGUUUCAGUUCUUUUAAAUCAGUUGCCGCAAUUUGCAUCAUUCCUCCAGAUCUGGUGCCGCCGAUUCUUCAAGUUGUCAGAAGAGUCCCCUCCCAGCCGCGGGUGCAUUUGGAUCCAACAAUCCGGAAAGCUCCGACCACUCUUUUUUUUGGGAUUGAUCAAUUGCCGGUUAUUAAGAGACCUUGUUCGAAAAUUUGGAUGCUCUUAUCUUGCGAAUUUGAAAAUCCGGUUUCAAAGAACCGCGACAAUAAGAGGGAUCGAAUUUUAUGGUGCGAAACCAACCACAUUCUUCAUUUGGGUAAUCACAGCUUGCUAAGGCCAGUGGCGUUUGGUUGCAAUAAGUCAAUUUUCAAGUUUGGGAAAAUGAAUCAAGGUGGUCAGGGCAUGAUUGGAUUAUGGACCCUAGAUCUAUCGUUUCCCGACUCGAUUAAUUCCUCCCUUGAGGAGAGACAUGGCUUUAACUUCCUCUUUGUUGAAAGAGAGACCUCUUCAGCUAGCAUCUCUCACAGGCGUGGUAAACUUCUUAUGUGCCUUCUCCUGAGAAGCUUAGUUGAGUCCCAAAACACUAUGCUUUCUAUGGUGAUUCCCUUCACGAGACGAGGAGCCCUCCGCAUCUACGAGAAUCCUUCCUUCGUGGUGGAACUCCCUAUCAGUAGUAUUUCUAUAUCUUUUGCUGUAACUCUUCAGUCUAGUCCUAACCCUACGCCGGUCACACCUCCGAGGACCCCUGGCUCAUCUGGAAACUGUCCUAUCGAUGCUCUUAGACUCGGUGUAUGUGCGAAUGUCCUAAGCGGUCUGCUUAACGUGCAGUUGGGACAGCCAUCAGCUCAGCCAUGCUGCUCGCUCAUCCAAGGUUUGGUUGACCUCGACGCUGCGAUUUGUCUUUGCACUGCUCUUAGGGCUAACGUUCUUGGCAUCAACCUUAACGUUCCUAUAUCUCUCAGCGUUCUUCUCAACGUUUGUAACAGAAGGCUUCCGUCUGGCUUCCAAUGUGCUUGAACGAUAUCAGCAGUUAUCCUUACUACUCAUGCGCACAGUGUUCUCUUUAAAAUCAUUACCGUUUGAAUAAAUGCAUGUAAACUAGAUUUUCAUGUUUAAAUCUGAAUUUGUUUUAAGUGAUACAAUAAACAUGUGAGAGUUUU